AUGGAGAGGCUAAUCCUAGAACUCAACGACCCCGGCAACCAGGCUGCUCCGGGGCGGAUUCAUAAUAUUCAGCGACAGAUCCAAAGACUACAACGUGACAAGUCCGCGUGGCAAGGUGGUCUUGACCUUCUACGGCAUGAUGAAGCCCUCAUAAGGUUCUAUGGUGCUCUCACUUUGACCAUCAAGAUUAAUGCUGACUGGGACAAUGACGGGAUCGGCAAGACUAAUCAGACGAGGGAGCAAUUACUUGAAGCUCUGGUCAAUCACUAUUCACGAUUGGUGACGUUACCGGACUCGAAUUUUGUCCUCCAGAAGCUAUGCUCUACGCUCGUCACAUUUUUCGCCAAACCGGACUCAGGAUGGCAAAUCCCUAUACGACACGUCCUCGCAUGUCUCAUCAGCGGACAAUUUGUUCCUGAAACAGCACUACCAGAUAUGCAACAACUCCUUGGAGCUGCCUUAACAUACUCGGACGUUCAACUGCGAGGCGUUCUCAUGCUUGUUCGGAUCAUGGCUGAAGAUCUCACCAGCAGCGUUUCGACCUCAGACGUUGAAAGCACCAUUGCAGAUCGCUUAGCCGCCAAUUCUCUCGAUGCAUGGCAACUCCUCGAAUUCUCAUUACACAGGGUUAUCAAAGCUGAGCACAAGCCAGAUGGCUCCUUGAUGCUCUCUUUGACACAAGAAGACAUGUUUCUCAGUAUUCUUCAAGCUAUGCCUUUCUGGACUGGUUCGAUAAAACAUGGACGAUUACACAUAGCCAAAGAUGUUGUGGACAACGUCGAGGCGAUCGCCAGGAGAUGUAUCGCAAUUGCGAUGAAUCUCUUCGACCGAGACUUUGCUGUAGGAAAUGUCCUUCAGCUGCUCAUCUCGCUUCAGCAGACAUCUCCAGGGCUUCUCAAACAGUCUGUCCCCAACUAUCCCGCAAGAAUAGCAGACACCCAUGCGGCGAAAGUAAUUGUUGAAGAUUUGGUACGUGGCGAUUUUACUCCCAAUGGAAUUCUCUAUGUGGAUCUUUUGGAAUCUAUCAUGAGCCAGGUAGAUACUAGCACAAGAGUCUAUCUCGACUCUCAUCGCUAUGACGAUAUCAUUCAAACCCUUCGAAGACUACUCCGAUGCGAAGGUACUGCCGUCAUCGAGGAUCCGGUGUGUCAAAUUGCCCUUGAGAAGGUGACUGACAUUGUGGAGGGCUCCACGGAUUGGGAACAAGACCAAGUUGAAGACUUCAUUUAUGGGCUGGCAGCCGACGCAUGUGACGCGUGUCUCUUGAAGGUCAAGAUCCCAGAAGAUCAAAUGUCAAAUGGCACGGCAGACUGGGAUGCUGACGAUAGAGCCAAAUUCCAAGACUUCCGCUACGAUGUGCAUGACUUCUUUCAGUCAGCGUUCACCGUGCUCGGGGCAGGAGUUGUUCAAGGGAUCGUGAAGACCAUUGUCUCCCAAGGCGCAACGCGCGAAUGGAGCAUCUUCGAGGCUGCGAUGUUUUGUCUCACGGCAUUUUCUGAUACAAUGGCCUCAGAACCAGAUGUUUAUGACGAGCUCAUUACAACAGUUCUGAGCAGCCAUCCCUGGGGCGAUGUGUUGACUGCAGGGAGUACAGUUCCGGAUAAAGCCCGACAAACUUGCAUCAGAUUCAUUGCGGACAGUGUCGUGUACUUACAACGACACUCCGAAAGUAUGGCACUGGUGCUCAAUUUUCUGUUUUCAUCGCUUCAUCUACAAUCUUCGGCGUCUGCCGCUUCAAAGGCGAUUUACAGCCUGUGUGAUUCUCACAGGAGGACACUGACCCAAGCCCUUCCACAGUUCAUGGCAUCCUUGAUGGCCGCCAACGACCUUGGUGCCACCGAGCGGCACCGCUUAUAUGCUGCUGUUGCUGCCAUUAUUCAGGCAUUACCACGCGAAGAGGAUAAAAUCGAGCCUUUGGGAAGGCUGCUGUCAUCCAUUCGGACUCUCAAGGAGGCGCUAACCUGUGACUCAGAAGAUAAGGACGAGCUUCUCGGUUUUUGCAUUGAUGCGGUGCAGACCCUCGCAUCGGUUGGAAAAGGUCUUCGUUCGCCGCACGAUGUCCCCGUUGACCUUGAACCUCCGGUAGAUGAACAGGCAGCAUUCUGGCACACUGGGCCUGGGGCUGAUCUACAGCUGAAUGUGCUUAACACCUUUAGGGCUGUAAUACAGAAGGCACCCGAUCAAGCCGACGUUUCGUUUAUCGAAGCGUGCUGUGAUUUCAUCAAAUCCGGGUUCACGGAGCAGCAUCCGUCGCCGUUCAAGUUUCCUGAUGCAAUUGCGCUUGGAAUUGUGGUACCUUGGAUUACCGUCUCAAAUCCGGGUAUCGACAUGUCGAUGGCAUGUGCUUCGAGCUUUCUAGCUUCUGUCGAAUCCGAGAACAUCCACGACUGUCUCCAAGGAGUCUUGUACGAGGUUGCGACGAAUCAGCAGAGGAUACUUUCCGCGCAUCAACUCAACCAGCAACCCCCCAGCAACAACUUCAGUGCGGCAUCUCUCGACUUCCUUGCUCGUACACUAUUGAAGUUUGGUUCAAUAUGGUUCGCCGGUGGAGACUCACCCGAGACGACAUUGUCAGUUGCGAUUGAGCUGGCAUUGAUGGUUAUGGCCGACUCAGAUACUCUUCCGCGCCGCUCUGCAUCUGCCUUCUUUGCGACUGUGGCAGAUUGUUCCGGUCCAGGCGGCCCAAUCGAGACAGCAGCUUACCAAAGAAUUAGUCGCUCGCUGCAGUCCUUUGGCCCCCGUGUUCUUUCGAUGAUCCUUCGUCUGCUUGGUGGAGAAUGUGCUCGCUCGGAAAUCGAAAGCUUGACCGACGCACUCAAGAAGUUCAUUCUGAGGCAGCCUAUGUUGAGUAAGUUGGUGCUCCGGGAAGCAGUCAAGCAAGAUGCCGGCGUGCUGAGCGAGAAGGCACUCCAGACAACGACCAUCGAGCAACGAAAUAGAUUUGUAGCUCAGAUCGAAGGACUGCGAGGAGGAAGAAAGACCAACGACAUUGUGAAAGAGUUCUGGAUAUCAUGUAAAGGGAGCGGGUUUGGGUAUAUCACUUAG